CCCCGGCUUCUUUUGCUCUUCUUGCUCUUCGGCAGGACAUCGCGGCGUACACUGUCAGCCUCCGUGCGACCAAAGGAUCAGCGCUAUGGGUCUGUUCUCGGAGCUGCGGCUGGCCGUGCCCUGGGGCCACAUCGCCGCCAAAGCCUGGGGCUCCCCGAGCAGCCGCCCGGUGCUCUGCCUGCACGGCUGGCUGGACAACGCCAACUCCUUCGACAGACUCAUCCCUCUUCUCGCGAGAGACUUUUAUUACGUUGCCAUGGAUUUCGGGGGCCAUGGGCUGUCAUCCCACUACAGCCCAGGUGUGCAGUACCACCCCGAAAACUUUGUGAGUGAGAUCCGAAGGGUCAUGGCAGCCUUGAAGUGGAAGCGUUGUUCUAUCAUGGGCCACAGUUUCGGUGGCAUCACGGCUGGGAUGUUCUCCUGCACCUUCCCCGAGAUGGUGGAUAAGCUGGUCCUUUUGGAAUCAACCCUUGUUGCCAUGGACACUAAUGAGCUGGAGAACCUGCCGGCCUACAGGCGGAGCCGGGUCGAGCUCACGCUGCAGCAGGAGGAGGCCUCCGGGAAGCCCCCACGCGUGUACAGCCAGGAGGAGAUACUGCAGAGGCUCCUGCAGGCGAACACCCAUGUGUGGGAGGAGUCAGCGAAAAUCAUCCUGCAGAGAGGCACCUCGCCGGUGGCCACAGGUGUGGUGCUGAAGAGAGACCAGAGGCUCUCCACGCCGGAGCGUUACGCUGAAUUCAUCAGCAGAGAGCAGUUGUUGCCUCUCACCAAAAAACUGCAGGCCCACCUUCUGCUCAUCAGAGCAAGCCAAGGGUGCAAUGACGUGAGCAGGAAGAACCAUCAUAAAAAGGAGCCGCUGGGUUUCAUAAUCAAGACGUUGAAAUCAGUCCUGAAAGAGCGGUUCCAGUACGUGGAAGUGCCGGGCAAUCACUAUGUCCACAUAAACCAACCCGACCACGUGGCCGGUGUCAUCAGCUCCUUCUUGGAGAGCGACCGUCCCCAAGCCCAGGAGUAGACCCGGGCUUGGGGCCGCACGACACCCAGCUCCAGGGGCCGCUGGCCAGGCCAGGCGCAACGAGGACGGGCCUCAACGGUCGACACCAGCAAAGCCGGCGGAGGGGGUGCGGGGCCGAGGCUUCUCGCUCCCAGGGGCGUGACGUCACAAGGGGCACUGUGUCUGGACUCCAGGGGCGCCCCGGGUCGGGGCCGAUGAUCUGUGGUGAACUGGCGGUGGCCGCAGGACGGCGGGCUGGGACGGAUUGGCCCGGCCUUCAGCCCGGCAGCCCGCCCCGCUGCCUGGGGGCCGGGGAAUAAACGGCUCCCGUGUCUCCCUCUC